CUGGCAUAGGCUGUAAAUUUGGUUACUCCGCUUGCAAGCUGUGUUUGUUUUCACAAAGUUGCUGUUUAAUUGUGUUUAAUUUAUUCCCAAAACCGUCCCAAUCGUAGAAAAAUGGAUGGAUUUGAUGAUGUUGGUGUUUUCUUCUCGGACAACUUCGAUGGUGACCAGCAGCAGAACUCGAACCAGAUCAAUCUGCAACUGGUGAAGAAGCAGUAUCGCGAGUUCAUCCGAACAUUCUGUGAAGCUAACUUUUCCUACAAAUAUCGUGAUACGCUGAAACGCAACUACCUUCUCGGGCACUAUUAUCUGGAGGUGGAGAUCGAGGAUCUGGCUGGGUUCGAUGAAUCGCUGGCCGAUAAACUGUACAAACAACCGACAGAGAAUCUUCAAAUAUUUGAGGAAGCUGCCCGGGAAGUGGCCGACGAGAUAACCUCCCCAAGACCUGAAGGCGAGGAAGUCGUGCACGACAUUCAGGUGUUGCUCGUUUCCGGUGCGAAUCCGACCAACAUCCGCGACCUCAAGUCAGACUGCGUGUCGAAACUGGUGAAGGUUGCGGGCAUCAUUAUCGCGGCCUCCGGAAUCAAAGCCAAAGCAACCCGUAUCUCUAUCCAGUGCCGCACCUGUAACAAUGUCAUUCCGAAUUUGCCUGUUAAUCCGGGCUUGGAAGGGUAUCAACUGCCCAGAAAGUGUAACACGGAACAGGCAGGACGGCCGAAGUGUCCGCUUGAUCCUUACUUCAUAAUGCCGGACAAAUGUCGCUGUGUCGAUUUCCAGGUGUUGAAGCUGCAGGAACUGCCCGAUUUUAUACCGCAGGGUGAAAUCCCACGCCACAUGCAGCUGUUCUGCGAUCGCAGCCUGUGCGAACGGGUGGUGCCUGGCAAUCGAGUGCUGAUACAUGGCAUUUUUUCGAUCCGGAAGAUCGCUCGCCAGGGUAAGCGCGAUGGUCGGGAUAAAGCAAUUAUAGGCGUGCGUGCUCCGUACAUGCGAGUGGUGGGCAUUACGGUCGACACGGAGGGGAUGGGUGCUAUAUCACGCUUCAACAACAUUACGUCCGAGGAGGAAUCAACGUUCCGUAAGCUGGCUGCCAAUCCGAACAUUUACGACACGCUGGCGGACAGUUUGGCUCCGAGCAUUUUCGGCUCGCAGGAUAUUAAGAAAGCGAUCACGAGCAUGCUGUUUGGCGGAUCGCGUAAGCGAAUGCCGGACGGAUUGACGCGUCGUGGGGACAUUAACAUUCUCCUGCUGGGAGAUCCAGGAACGGCCAAAUCGCAGCUGUUGAAGUUUGUCGAAAAGGUUGCACCGAUUGCAGUGUACACGUCAGGCAAGGGCUCCAGCGCGGCUGGUCUGACCGCAUCAGUAAUCCGUGACCCGGCAACCAGAAACUUCAUCAUGGAGGGUGGCGCCAUGGUACUAGCGGACGGUGGUGUCGUGUGUAUCGACGAGUUUGACAAGAUGAAGGAAGACGAUCGAGUCGCGAUUCACGAGGCGAUGGAGCAGCAGACGAUCUCGAUCGCAAAAGCUGGCAUCACGACUACGCUGAACUCGCGAUGCUCGGUCCUGGCAGCGGCCAAUUCCAUCUUCGGCCGGUGGGAUGAUACGAAAGGUGAUGAAAAUAUCGAUUUCAUGCCGACCAUUCUGUCCCGUUUCGAUAUGAUCUUCAUCGUGAAGGACGAACACGAUCAGCAACGCGAUAUCACGCUGGCCAAGCACGUCAUGAGCGUCCACAUGAACGCAUCGAAGGCGACAGCCGAACCAAAGGAGGGUGAAAUUCCUCUAGCCAUGCUGAAGAAGUACAUCCACUACUGUCGCACGCAUUGUGGUCCACGGCUGAACGAGGCGGCGGCCGAGAAGCUUAAAAGUCAGUACGUGCGACUGCGCGCCGGUGUUGGCGAGCAUGAAAAAGCGAUAGACAAACGUCUGUCCAUUCCGAUCACCGUGCGCCAAUUGGAAGCCAUUAUUCGUAUCUCCGAAUCGCUGGCCAAGAUGCAGCUGCAACCAUUUGCAACAGAGGCUCAUGUCAGCGAAGCGCUGCGUCUCUUUGCCGUGUCGACGAUGACCGCUGCCAGCAGUGGUUCGCUUGCCGGUGCGGAAGGAUUUACCAGCGAAGAGGAUACGGAGAUAUUGAACCGGAUCGAGAAGCAGCUGAAGCGUCGGUUCGCCAUCGGAUCGCAGGUGUCGGAGCAGAGCAUUAUUCAGGACUUUGCGCGCCAGAAAUAUUCAGAAGCAGCAGUGCGGAAGGUUAUUCACACGCUGAUACGGCGCGGCGAGUUGCAGCACCGUUUGCAGCGAAAGAUGUUGUACCGAUUGUCCUGAUGAUUUAAAAAAAAACGUUAAUGCGACUUUUUUUUCUUUGUGUGUGCUUGUCUAACGAUUUUUUUUAUAACUUCUAAAUCCAUUUUUUUAAAUUAUGAUUUACCUUCUUGAAAUAUAUGUUCCAUUUACCUUA